ACCUUAUCCUCACAAAACCCCCCACCCAAAAUUCACGAACUCCCGCACAAACCAAAACACAAACACUGCAUCUGCAACAAUGGCGACGAAGAAGGAGAUGGAAGUCGUGAAGGGCCUGGAUGUGCAGCGCUACAUGGGGCGGUGGUACGAGAUUGCCUCCUUUCCGUCGCUGUUUCAGCCCAAGAGCGGCGAGAACACGCGGGCGACGUACACUCUGAAAGAAGACGGCGCCACCGUGAAUGUUUUGAACGAGACUUGGACCGACGGGAAGAGGGGGUUCAUCGAGGGCACCGCCUACAAGGCUGACCCGGCGAGCGACGAGGCGAAGCUGAAGGUGAAGUUUUAUGUGCCUCCAUUUCUGCCGAUCAUUCCUGUCGUUGGGGAUUACUGGGUUUUGUUCAUCGAUGAGGAUUAUCAGUAUGCGCUGAUUGGCCAACCUAGCAGGAAUUAUCUUUGGAUAUUGAACCGGCAGCCAUAUCUGGAUGAAGAAAUAUACAACCAGCUGGUUCAGAGGGCGGCGGACGAGGGUUACGACGUGAGCAAACUCCACAAGACGCCGCAGAGCGAGACUCUGCCGGAGGCGGAAGAAGGCCCCAAAGACACCAAGGGCAUCUGGUGGUUCAAAUCCAUCUUCGGAAGAUAGUGAAAAUCUGAUAGCACCAGUCCUACUCCGGUAGAAGUAACAUGUAUGGGGGUUUUGUGAUGUCUGUAUUUGAAAUAAGAAAGACAGAUUUACUCUAGCAGCGACGUCGUAUUGUCGUUUUGUUAAUUAUGUUCUUGUACUGUUAUUAUGCACUAAAGUUUCCUUCAGGUUGGUUUUAUUA